GCUCUCCUCCUUCUCCUCUCUCCUCUCCUCUCUCCUGUGCUCUCUCUCAGUCAAGCCUGUUCUGUGAGCACUUAAAUGGAAUAGCAGCAUUUUUUCCCUCUUGUGUGUCACUGGAGGAGACUGGAAACAAGGUGGUUUUGAAGUGGAUACAUACAACAAAGGUCUGGUUUGGUACCUGGCUUGUCUAACUGGGACCAGCACUGGAGGAAGCUCCUGAAAGGCAGCGGUGACUGGACGUGGUUCCUGAGCGGCGCAGUCAUGGGCAGGCCAGAGGGGUUGGCCAGGCCACCUCUGGUGUCAGCUAUGGCGCUCUCCCUCCUGGCUCUCUCUUUCCUCUCUACUGGGAUCUCCAGCCUCCCACAGCCCCAGCCAAGAGUUUUCCUUCCCUUCGAAGACCUACAGGCCUCCCAGUCUUUUGAACACUACAGUCUGUCAGACAAGGCCAUGGACUACAGGAUCCUGCAGAUGGACGAGGACCAGGACAGGAUGUAUGUGGGCUGCAAAGACCAUGUCCUCUCCAUGGACAUCAAUAACAUCACCCAUGGCACACUUAAGGUGUUUUGGCCUGCAUCUACGAGCAAAAUAGAGGAAUGCCAAAUGGCAGGCAAAGACCCUACACACGGCUGUGGGAACUUCAUCCGAGUGGUGCAGCCUUAUAACAGAACUCAUCUGUUCAUGUGUGGCAGCGGAGCGUACAGUCCCGUCUGUGUGUACAUCAACAGGGGCCGCAGACCAGAGGAACAAGUAUUUCACAUUGACUCGAGGACCGAAUCUGGAAAAGGGAGGUGCUCCUUCAACCCUCAAGUGAAUACUGUUUCCGUCAUGCUCAACCAGGAGCUCUUCUCAGGCAUGUACAUUGACUUCAUGGGGACAGAUGCUGCCAUCUUCAGGAGCCUCACCAAGAGAAAUGCAGUGCGGACUGACCAGCACAACUCCAAGUGGCUUAGUGAGCCUAUCUUUAUUGACGCCCACCUGAUACCAGAUGGAACAGAUCCCAAUGAUGCCAAAUUGUAUUUUUUCUUCCGUGAGAGGCUAACAGAUAACAGCGGAAACACUAAAAAUAUCCACACCAUGGUGGCCAGAGUGUGUCCAAGUGACAUCGGAGGACAGCGGAGUCUGGUGAACAAGUGGACCACCUUCCUCAAGGCCAGGAUGGUGUGUUCAGUUCUGGAGGAAGACGGCACUGAAACGCACUUUGAUGAACUGGAAAGUGUGUUUUUGCUGGAAACCGAUCAGCCCAAGGGUCUGUUGGUGUUUGGAGUCUUCACAUCCACAAGCUCCGUGUUUAAAGGCUCAGCAGUGUGUGUGUACAACAUGGCCGACAUCCUCACCGUCUUCAACGGGCCCUUUGCUCACAGAGAGGGACCCAACUUUCAGUGGGUGGCGUUUCAGGGGCGCAUCCCUUAUCCAAGGCCUGGAACUUGCCCUGGUGGAGCUUUCACACCUGACAUCCAGACAACCAAAGAGUUCCCAGAUGACGUGGUGACCUUCGUACGGAACCAUCCUGUCAUGUUCAACCCCAUAUACCCAGUGGGGAGGAGACCUCUGGUGGUUCGUACCAACGCAGACUACAAAUACACAUCAGUGGCUGUGGACCAGGUCAUGGCUGCAGACGGCAACUACCAAGUGCUCUUCCUGGGCACAGACAAAGGUACAAUACAGAAGGUGAUUGUGCUGCCAACCAAUCAUUCCUUGCAUGAAGAUCUGAUCCUGGAGGAGCUGGAAGUGUUUAAGAACAAAGCUCCUGUUACAAACUUGAGAAUAUCCUCAAAAAAACAACAGCUGUACGUCAGCUCCGAGUUCGGGGUCUCGCAGGUCUCCCUGCACCGUUGUCAAGCUUACGGCUCGGCUUGCGCUGACUGCUGCCUCGCCAGAGACCCUUACUGUGCCUGGGAUGGGCUCAGUUGCUCCCGCUUCUAUCCUACUGGCAAAAGGAGGAGCAGGAGGCAGGACAUUAUACAUGGAAAUCCACUCACUCAAUGCAGAGGAUUCAACCUAAAAGCCUACAGGAACGCAGUGGAGAUGACGCAGUUUGGCGUGAAAAACAACACCACCUUCCUGGAGUGUCUGCCCAAGUCUCCCCAGGCCUCUAUCCGCUGGCUUAUUCACAGGGACAAUGACAGAAGAAAAGAGGUGAAGCUGAGUGAUCGUGUCAUUUCCAGCGAACACGGCCUCCUCAUCCGCUCCGUCCAGCUGUCUGACCAGGGCCUAUACUACUGCCUGACCACAGAGAACAGCUUCAAACGCACCGUCGCCAAGAUCCGUCUGCGCGUGCUAAGUGAAGCCAUGGUGAGCAUGCUGACAGACAAGCAGCAGUCGCCGUGGGCGUGGGCCAGCUCAUUGCACCCUAAGGCCCUGUUGGAAGCGUUCAGCCCUGCAGAGAGUCUGGCUGUACAACAAUACUGCAAAGAGAGGAAGGAGCUCCAGAAUCUUCAGCAGAGGCCGCAGCAGCCUCAGCCGCCUGGACCACUCAGAGGGGAUCUGGCCAAACUGAAGCCUUUGCUCGACCGGAGGAAGAGCCGCAACCGCCGCAAUCACCUCCCAGAGGUCUGACACAGGGAGGCUGGCAGCUGCAGAAACUGACAUGCACAUCUUUCUUUGUUCCUUUCCAGGCAGUUACACAUCCUAAUUUUUCCAACUCUCAUCUCAAACUGCAGAGCUGCACUGUGGAUGUACAGUAAGAUGAGGAGGUGGUUGCGGAAAGCUGUUAUUCUGCAAUAUCUCCUUCUCUUCGACAGAAUGCAUGAGUGAGGCACUGUGACCAGAUGGCUGUGACUUACACAAAUACACACACGCACGGGCACCCACAAGCCAUUCAUUUGCUGUCCGCAGUCACUCCACAAACUGAAGUGGUCCUGUCCUGAGUGCCACUAAUAAACUGUGGUCUCGGCUGAUAUUGCUUAUGAUAAUACACCUUGAGUCGCAGCUAUUGUCAAUGAUCUUAUCAUAUUUUAAAUAUUAGAGGGGAAAUUAAACAGGCCGUAUACUGGCUUACAAUGGAGUUGCUCUUUGUUGAAAAAAAUAGGGAGGUAAUUUUAUCAAGAUAACAAAUAGAAGAGAUUGAAAAGGGAUAAAAAAAAGGGAGACAGAUGCAUGUUUGACAGUGAGUGUCCUCUCUUGAUAUUAUACUCGUAUUUUAUUAGAUUCUACCCACAUUCGUAUAUUUACUUUUUGACUAACAAAAGUUGUACUCUCUUCAGUGAAAGCUACAGGGCUCUAUGGGCUCAUGUGGGAUAAUAUAAAGUCAAUUUGUAAACACGCUGUCUACAAUAGCACUGCUCAUACACAGCACAGAUGGCAAGUGGCCCCAAUAAAAAAAAAGUGUUGUAUUGCAGUGAUGCAAUUUAAGAUUUAUUACUUCAAAGGCCAAACCUUUGAACAUCCAGUGCAGAUGUCACCCAAACAGAGAUAGUAAAAUACUGAGUAGAAUAUGAAAUUCUGUAUGAGCUGUACACAUCUUACAUGAUCUCUCUUGUAUUUAUUCCUAUUACUCAGACGCACAUGUAAGAAAAUUGGCCUCACUGUAAUUCAGCCGCAUAUUGUAUCGUACUUCUCUUGUUUACAGCACAGAAGCAUGUUUAUAGAAAUGCAUCAGCAAUGUAGAGGUCUCUUAAUCCUUUCCUGGAUUACAUUUAACAACCAAACGAGCAGAUAUGCACAUUUCAGUUUUUGCCUUCGGUUAAAUACUGUAUAUUAGUGUAAUACCUGGAAAUAUGGAGUCUACAUUAUAAAGUACAGUUUCCUUCUUUGGAUCCAAGUUUCCACAUUCUACAAAGCAAGGUGGAUAUACUUACUUCAGAAAUAGUAAUUAUUAGUGAGGUAGUCUGUGAUAGACCAUUUGACAUAUGUGAAUAGAUACUUCUUUUUUUUUAGAAGCAUAGUUAAUGUAGAUAGAGAUUAUUUGUUGCUUGUGUACAGAGUAUUUUUGUUUGUUUGUUUCAUCGUUUUUUAUUUAAAGUUGUGCUGAGUUUUGUGAAAAUGUGUUUUCUUUGUGUAUAUAAUUUCAACAUACUGUAUUUCACCAACUAACUAUGACUGUAUCUGCAAAUUGCAGAGAUAUACAGUAUUGUUUUCAUUUUGAGAAAAGAUUUUCUAGUUGUACCUUCCCUCGUACAGAUCUCUGCUACAUGUUUAAUAAAACUGUGUGACCAGUAUCAUGUCAACUUCA